UGUGGCAGUUCAGUGGAUGUAGCCUAUACCGUGGGCGUACAGCAUUUUGUGGUUGUGGCCGUAGCCUACCUAAUGUGGGCUUCUCCUCGGACUCUUACAUUUGGACCUGCGGUAUUGCAAUAUGUCAGAGUACGUCAGCGCAAGUCCAAGCAAAGUAAAAUAGGUUAACUUACGGCAAACCUACUGCAAAGAUACAAGCUGUUUUGACAGGUCACACCUCCAGGUAGAUGACAUUGUUAUUCUCUCCUUCACUAGCAAACGUAGAUUUUGUUUUAUCCUCUGCAUUUGGAUCGAGUUCACCUGACCCUCUGGCCAGUCGCGGACCUGGUGUGUGUGCAUGCAGCAGUAUGGAUCAGACGAGGCUUCUAACGGAGAACGUCCACCGGUCUCUUUCAAUAUAUCGAGCCCGUUACCCGUGGCUACUUCACGGGUAAGGAGGUUCGCUCAGGAGAGACGAGCGCUCCCUCAGCCGAGAGUGAUGGUGGUAUUCUCGGCCGCAAGUGAGACUGAUAAACCAGGCGAUGCGAUGUCGAGUUUGGACUCUGCAGAGGAUGAUUUCCGAAAGCCAGCUACCCCCGCACCAAACCUCAACCUUGGCAAGUCUCUCCGUUCCACCCUUAACGCAUCUGAAGAGGAGUUUCCUGAGGUAAUCCCUCUUAAUGUGGGAGGCACCAACUUCACCACCAGGUUGUCGACUCUGCGGCGAUAUGAUGACACCAUGCUGGCAGCAAUGUUCAGCGGGCGUCAUCACAUUCCACGCGAUGCUGAAGGGCGCUUCUUUAUCGACCGCGAUGGGGCGUACUUCGGAGACAUCUUAAACUUCCUGCGAGAAGGUGAACUACCUCAGAGAGACCGUGUGAGGGCGGUGCACAGAGAGGCUCAGUACUACGCUAUUGGUCCUCUGCUGGACAGCUUGGAGGACGCUCAGCCACUCACAGGAGAGAGAGUUCGCCAGUCCUUCCUUGAUCUGAUGCCCUACUACAAGGACAAUCUGGAGCGCAUCGUGGAGAUCGCCAAGCUGCGGGCCAUGCAGAGGAAGGCGCGCUUCGCCAAGCUGAAGAUCUGCGUCUACAAGGAGGAGAUGCCCAUCACGCCGUACGAGCGCCCGCUCUUCAACUCGUUGCGCUUCGAGCGCACCGAGAGCGAGGCCAAGCUGUUUGAGCACCACUGCGAGGUGGACGUGUCCUUCGGGCCCUGGGAGGCGGUGGCGGACGUUUACGACCUCCUCCACUGCAUCGUCAGUGACCUGGCGGAGCGCGGCAUCACCGCCGACCAGCAGUGCAUCGGCGUUUGCGACAAGCACCUCAUCAACCACUACUAUUGCAAAAGGCCCAUCUACGAGUUCAAGAUCACGUGGUGGUGAAGGUGGAUGAGGCUUGUGUCAUCGCCGCGUGAAGGAGAAGUCUCAUUGUGGUUCCGAUGAGUCAGGAGGUGGACAGUGAGUUUGCGAGGCCUUUGUUUCCAUCCUGAUCCUAUUAGCCAAGAGUCAUCAGUGACAUCACCCUCUUCGUCGAGAUUUGAAACCGACUCUUUGAAACCGAUGCUGCUGAGAUUGUUGACAGGUGAGAUUAUGGCUUUGACGCUUGAAUUUUCUGACCCAAUCGCUCGAUUUUGUUUGUUUGUUUUAUUCGUUGCCAACAUUUACCCAAGUCACAGUAAUGGCAGCGUACUUUUUUGCUGAUUUUAUUUCAUUAAACUCUGGGAGUUUUUGUGCACCUUCAGGCAUUAGCUUGUGAACUGUCCAAGGUUUUUCUUUUAUAAAAGGGUAACAUUGAUUUCAUUUUGUGUCUACAUGUUAUUCUAUUCCCUUUGGCUUUCACCGUCCUUUUAUGAAGUUUUUCCUGGUACAGUAUGUGAUCUUGGUUACCUUUGGUAGCUAAGGAGAGCCCUCACAACUGAACUGGAUGCAGAUUAACAAGCUGCUGAGAUAUUUUCCAUGUACUGUAAAUAGCUACAUGUAAAUGUUUAUUUUUGUUACUUAUACUGAUUCUGUCAAUGCUUUUUCACCUAAUUAAUUAGGAUUUAGAUUUUGUCAGGUCAUUAAUAAUGUGUAGCUUGUCUGUCUGUGAUUAGCGUGUGUCAAAAAGUCUGAACUCAACACAAUUAAGUUUAUGGUGGUUCAAUAAUCGGUUGUUGAACUACCAUAGUGAAUGUGUGUCACAGUUGUUUUGACAACUGCUUAUUUUGAAGUGCAGUGGUCAUUUUAUCCUUCUCUGAAAACUGUACACUGACUUCAGAAAAAUUCAUUCAUUUUCAGCCAAAUUCUACACAUCCUGUGCAACAUACUCUUUUUAUCAUUUCCGUUUUGGAAACCCAAAGGAAAUUAGAGAGUUGAAAAUGAAGUAGGUUAAAGAGCAAGGGCUAGGUUAUCUGACCUUGAUUGGUUUCUGUGAGAUACCAAAUUACAAAGUUGUUUAACUGAACAUUGAAAACAAUGCAUGCGCAUCCUGCUUAAGAUGAUCUCAGAAACAGACUUUAUAGAUCACUUCUGGAAACAGUAUUUCUAGGUUACCUAGAUGGAGUGUCUUCUCACAAGCUCACAGUAGGAGAGAUCUAAAAACAUCAACUUCUCUGUAAAAGAAGAACAUCACACAUUCAGUGGUAACAUCUUUGGGUCAUAGAGGAUCAGUACAUUCCUAAAUUGAACAGAUUUUGCUGAUACGUUGCAUGUAUCUAUUUGCCGCAACAUAUAGUACACUAAUUUGACCUUCUUUAGCAGCAUGGUAUGGAUAAGCAGUUUCAUAUGGUCAUUUUAUAUAAUGUUUUUACUGAUAUAUUAGAAUUUCUGCUUAAGUGCCUUUGAUUAAGGGCAUGACAGUUUCUCAAACAAAUAGUUUAAUAAAUCAAGAAUCACCUGACCACAAAAUAGUUUUUCUUUCUGGACAUGGGGACUACGCAGUCACUCUGUCCUUGUUACUCUGUUGUGUUUAGUCAUCUAAUAAAAUGGUUUAAAAUGUUAGUCCCAAUAGAUUGUAUGAUGUCAGGAUAUAUCCUUCGAGGGCUCGUGAUCAAAUGAUGAUGUGCAAUUUCCUGUGUGCAACACAGUGUUUUCCACUUUGAAGGAAGAACCCAUCAAUGUUAUGUUAAAAAUAUUUAUUUACCGUGUAGUUAUACAUUUAAAGACAAUUAGAACAAAACACAUGAAGGUGUACUAUGUUAUUGGUUGUCAGAUUUCCCAGACAUUUCUUGUUGUGUUCUUGUUCUGUGCAAUCAAUGUCAUGUUAUAUGCAGGUUUCAGUUGGGACUUAUUUGAUCCCAUUUCCCCUUCGUUUAUCAGGAUUAGAUUGCUAGUCAGUAGACAAGUGUUCAAGAUCCCCAUUUCUUGCUGUUAGGUGUCAAUUUUAAAAUCAUAUAGAGGGCUCAACUGCCUGAUUUGGGAUGGAAAUAAAGUUGUAUUUAUUUAUUUAAAUGUUUAAGGCAUUAAAAACAUAAUGAUUGUUAUUUGCACAUUUUAAAAUUACAACCUUGGCUGGUGAAUGUCUAUUUGCAGAUUCCGUAGGUGGUCCAGUAAAAACCUGGCUGCUCCUGGCAUGGGAGAGUUGAAAAAAAAAUGCACAGCUUGACUUACUGCAGUAUUAAGUUGGCAAGAAUACUAUCUUGUUUUAACAUACUGUUGCAUUAUUUGUUGUAAUACUAUGCUGUACUGUGCUAAUAGUUAUGUAUAUUUUAUGUUUUUUUAUAAUAAGAUUCAAAUACAGUUUGCCUUAGUCUGUACAUUGGUCCCUGAAGUCAUUUUU